CUGGACUCUGCAUGGUGCUGCUAGACCCCGACAAGCCCAGCAUGAGUGAACUCGACGAGUUUAAGUUGGACUGGGGCCUUCGAAAUACGGCAAUCCCCCUUGAAUCGUUCCAGGAGCACAUAAAAACCCGGCCAAGUGGCACUGCCAUCAAGACGACGACACCAAGCGGCACCAUUGGCGGUACGCUUUCGGGAACCCCAUCCUUUGUGCGUCUCCCUGGCUUCAAAGCUUUUCAGGAAGUCUACACGGCCAUGCUGUACAGACCCCUUUUUGCCCGGGGAUUGCGGGAGCUGGGUUCGGCAUGUCGUUAGCGGAAAGCUCCUCGGUCAUGUCAUGGCUGGCAGUCAGACGACGGGCCUGGUCCUAGUGAUGCCCGCAGGGAAAAAUUUUGCCGAAGCCGUAGCAGCCUUCUCGGGAUCAGAACACUGGAACGAGUACCCCCUUUCGGCCCACAGCAACCUUAUUCGGUCUAUGCAUAUGGCCAUGAGACCACAAGCAUCUCAGCGUAGUCCGAUGACUGUCUGGACCUCUUUGACUGGGAUCGCUUUGAACUGGAGAGGA